AUGGACCCCAACGGCCCCGUCACUCUCCGCACCUCCAAGUUCAUCACGAACCGCCUGCUGCAGCGCAAGCAGUUCGUCGUGACCGUCACGCACCCCACUCGCGCCAACCUCUCGCGUGACGAGGUUGCCGAGCGCCUUGCCCAGCUCUACAAGGCUGACAAGGAGCGUGUCGUUGUCUUCGGCCUCCGCACCAAGUUCGGUGGCGGUGUCACUGUCGGCUUCGGUCUCGUCUACGACGACGAGGACGCUCAGCGCAAGUUCGAGCCCCGCUUCCGUCUCGUCCGCAACGGCAUGGCUGCCAAGGUCGAGAAGCCCUCGCGCAAGCUGCGCAAGGAGCGCAAGAACCGUGCGAAGAAGUUCCGCGGCGUCAAGAAGGUUGGUGCCUCUGCCGCCAAGAAGUAA